CCGACUGCAGCGAGUACGCCAAUAACAUGGUGCCUCGGCUACUUGUCUGUUUACGCCAAGAAACGGGAAAGAAGAGUUACUGGAAAAUGUUUAGAUUUGUUUUGUAAGGGGUACAAAGCUAUUUUAAAGUGUUAUUAUUUUUUUAAUCGAUUUCACAUUUUCGGUUAUGGGAUUGCUUGUGUACUGAUGUGUCACUUGUCCCAAUGGAAAGGGGGCUUCGCUUUGGCAGCGUGGGAAUAUCCCUUGUGCUGUUGUUGAUGUUGAGCGCUGUGAGUGUGAGGACUGUGCAGUUUAACUCUCUGUCCCGGGCGGAGCUGGAGACCGCGGACACGGUGAUGGAGCGCGGGCUGGAGAGCAGCAUCGGGGACGCCACGGUGGAGGACGACGAGAACAGUCCGGCUGGAGACAAUGAGGAUCCUGCGGGAGACAACGACACAAACUUCCAGCAACACGCCAGAAGCUUGGUGAUCAUCAGUACUCUGGAUGGGCGGAUUGCAGCUCUGGAUCCUCUGAAUCAUGGGCGCAAGCAGUGGGACUUGGACGUGGGCUCUGGCUGCCUGCUGUCAUCCAGCCUCAGCAAACCAGAGGUGUUUGGGAGUAAGAUGUUCAUCCCAUCUCUGGAUGGAGCUUUGUUUCAGUGGAACAGGGACAGGGAGAGCAUGGAGGCCGUCCCUUUCAGUGUGGAAUCCCUGCUCGAUUCUUCUUACCGUGUUGGAGAGGACACCGUGCUGGUUGGAGGAAAAUCUCUCACCACUUACGGCCUGGGAAUCUACAGUGGCAAGCUGAAGUAUAUCUGUUCGACUGUGGGCUGCAGUCAUUGGGGAGAGGAAGAGACGGAGCCAGAGGACAUGCUGUUGCUGCAGAGAACACAGAAAACCGUUAGAGCUGUGACCCCUCGCAGCGGCUUUGAGAAGUGGAACUUCAGUGUGGGAAACUUUCAGCUGAAGUUUGUUCCAGAGACUGAGACUCAGCUUGGGUUUUUGGAAGGGGAAACUCCAAAUAAGGAGGCUUGGCAUGAACUGCAACGUGACAGCCCACGUGUGAUCCUGGAGGAAACAGAAGCGCACAGUCAGAACCACGCUAACGCACACCUACAGACAGAAGGCCUGGACCUGGUGAUCAAAGUGUCUAUUCCAGACUGGAAGGUUAUGGCUUUUAGCAGUGGACCAGGAGGACAGCUCAUCUGGGAGCAUCAGUUCUGCACACCCAUUGCCUCCGCCUGGUUGGUUGGAGGGGGAAAGGUGACCCCCAUCAGUCUGUUUGAUGACACCUCUUACACCGUCCAGCCAGAGAGUGAGAUUCAGGAAGAGGACGAUGACCUCAUGGAGGAGGCACGUGGAGCCACGGAGUCGAGUAUUUAUCUAGGGAUGUUUCAAGGUCAGUUGUAUUUACAGUCUUCAGUUCGAAUGACUGAGAAGUUCCCAUCAACGCCCAAAGCCCUGGAUAGCCACCACUCCAGCCAAGACAUCAUUCCUCCUCCUACUGUCAAAUGGAAGCCUCUCAUCCACUCUCCUUCUCGCACUCCAGCACUCGUGGGGACAGAAGAGUUUGAUAAGUGUCUGAACAAUGACAAAUUCUCCUAUGAGGAGUACAGCAAUGGCGCUCUAUCUAUACUGCAAUAUCCUCAUGAUAAUGGGUACUACUUCCCAUACAGUACACGAUACCGUGGUCGGAGAGAGGUGACUGCAGUGAGCGUGUUACAGACAGGUGAGGCUGGAGGGAUGAGGAGGAAGGACCCAGUGCUACUUCUGCCAUGGUGGAAGGAGAUCUUGGGCACCAUCAUCUUUUGUAUUGCGGCUACCACGUACAUCGUUCGCAAGUUCUUCCAUCCACACACAGCGUACAUACGGCAGCGGAAGGAGUCUGAGACACAAUGUCAGACAGACACCAAGUUUGAGCUGGACGUCUCUGAACCCAGGGAGGCAGUAACAGACACUCGGCCCAGUGAAUACGUGUCCAGGUACCUGACAGACUUUGAACCAGUGCAGUGUUUAGGGCGAGGUGGCUUUGGGGUCGUGUUUGAGGCACGGAACAAAGUAGACGACUGCAAUUAUGCCAUCAAGAGGAUCCGCUUACCCAACAGGGAAGUGGCCCGUGAAAAGGUGAUGCGGGAGGUCAAGGCCUUGGCUAAACUGGAGCACCCAGGUAUCAUCCGUUACUUCAACGCUUGGCAGGAGAGCCCACCUCAGGGCUGGCAGGAGGAAAUGGAUCGGCGCUGGCUUAAAGAUGCCAGUGCUACUGAUUGGCUGCUCAGCUCUCCUGACCACAUGGAGGCGUUCUCUGUAAAGGUGCCCGUUUCCACUCCCUCUCCUCUGGAUUUGCGGUGCAAGUGUGUUGCUGGUGGAAAUGUUGGUGCACUUGCUCAGGAUCACACAUGCAUGGAUGGCUUGGGUCUAGACAGCAUGAUGUCGAAUCAGGACAGCCGUGUCGAUGUUGACCCCGACCUGGAACUCUCAGGAUCGCCACAUUCCUUUGAGCUGUGUCCUCCCCGCACAGUGACCCAUAAUGACUGCACCUCUUCUUCCUUUGACAUCGUUUUUGAAGACUCUGGUUGCGAUCAGCAUGACGACGAUGCAGAGCUCAGCCAUUCCACACCGGUUCAGAUGAGACCCUCCUCUCACUCGGGUUCCAGAUCUCACCCCACUGCUUCCUCAGGCCCGUUCUCUUUCUCUCCUCCUCGGCCAACAUCUCUGAAGCUGCCAACACAAACUCCUGCUCCACGGCUGGCCUUGACACCCAAAGUCUACCUGUACAUCCAGAUGCAGCUAUGCAGGAAGGAGAACCUGAAGGACUGGAUGGCACAGCGCUCUCAGCCUGAGCUCAGAGAGCACUCGCAGUGUCUCGCAAUCUUUUUGCAGAUCGCAGAGGCUGUCGACUUCAUCCACAGCAAGGGACUUAUGCAUCGAGACCUGAAGCCCUCUAAUAUCUUCUUCACACUGGAUGAUGUGGUGAAAGUUGGGGACUUUGGGCUGGUGACGGCUAUGGAUCAGGAGGAAGACGAUGAUGAGGAAAUGAACACCCUCACCCCGAUGCCAGUUUACGCCCGCCACACUGGCCAGGUGGGCACUAAACUCUACAUGAGCCCAGAACAGUUGUCCGGGAACUCGUACUCUCAUAAAGUGGAUAUUUAUUCUCUGGGGUUGAUCCUGUUUGAGCUGCUCUGCCCAUUCCGCACACAGAUGGAGAGAGUCACAACUCUCACCGAGGUUCGGGAGCUACAGUUUCCCAUGUCCUUCUAUAAAAACAACGUUCUAGAGGCUCAGAUGGUGCGCUCGAUGCUCUCUCGUGUUCCUGCUGAGCGACCCGAAGCAUCAGAGAUCACAGAGACGCCACUGUUUCAGGAGCUUGAGGUGCCCUGCAGAAUCAGGCAGCGCUCGCGAACAUACAGCGCCUCAUCCACAGGCCGACCAUCACGACAGAUAUCCAACUCCAGUUAAAACAAAGACACGCCCACUGAGGGCUCUCGGACCCUUUCUCAGCACCUCAGUUGGAAGUGAACCGAUUUUACAGUCUAAGCACACACUAUCGUCUCAGUCUUUUAUCAGUAGAAAACAGGAGGCAUUUUAGCUUCAGUCAUUCCAUUUCAAGCACAAACCCACACACAGAUGCCUACCCACAGUGUCUCUGCCUCUUGCCUCACCUGCCUCGCUGCAUUGACUUGACUUUUUUUUUCUUCUUUUUUCUUUUCUUUUUCCUCCCCCUCACUGUCGAGGUCAGCCUCAUGGCAUUCUCCCAUCCUUUCCAAGUUACAAUAGUUGAAGACAUUCACUCAGGGGAGAUAACGCUAACCGAACUGCUUGACUCCUCGUGGAUCAGCUCUGAUUCUGAAGCUCCAUGAUGGACUCAUGAUCAUCUUUACCUCAAUUGCUCUUCCAUACCACGCGCACACUCAUGGAUUUAUCGUUGUGGAAAUGAAUCAUUUUGCAGUGCUGAAUGAAGGAAAGCUGAUUGAGCUGUUUGGAAUGCUGGCCACUUCUUUUUUUUUUUUUAAAUAGGAAGUUGCACAGGACUUGCUUCCUAUGUUCUAAAGCUACAUAAUUUGUCAGGCUCUGUCACUUUUCUCAUUUCUGUUGUAAAUAGACCUAAACUCCAAAAGAGUGUGAGAAACUUGUUAAUGGUGCAUGAUGGAAACUGAACAUGGUUUGUUAAGCACAGGAGCCUUUCACUGGCACAUGAGGACUGUUUAUCUGCCUUAGUAAUGGAAUAGUAGACAAUUCUACCAACUUCUUUUAGUGCUGAAAGGAAUACGCAAAUGUUUGUAUGAUUUUUGCUUUCUGACAAAAUGAUUAGAAUCAUCAAAGAGAGAUUUUUUGAAACUAUAGGUGUAAAGAUGGUGUGUAAUACUUUUUCAUUAAUGCCAAAACGGGUUUUCCCUCAAAAUUAAUAUUCUUUAGGAUGCCCAAAUGAUAUUGACUGACUGGAAACUUCAUCCACAUGUGUAGCAUGCACCCAUUGAGAAUCACUGUUUUAUAGGUUUAUUUCCAUAAAGGAUUUUUUGAUAGGUGGGAAUUAUAUUUUUCUCUGACUAUUUCUGCAUACAUUGUCACCUUAAGAUUUGUUGUGAUAAAAUCUUGAGAUAUAAGCUCAGACCUUGGGAGUGGAGGCAGAAUGGCUCUUUAUAGAUAUGUGAGUAGUCUUGUUUGUUUGCUGUCUGUAGAAGGUGGGUGGGUUAAUGAGUGAGCGGGUGAGCACAGAUCUCUAAAUGAUUAGACUAGUGCAGAAAGGAUAUCCGGUAAUGACCUGUCAUUGUUAAUCACAUUCAUACAGACCUUUUAACAAGACCGGCUUCAGGACCUGUUUCACCCUCAUUAUAUCGCCUUUGAGUUUCCUCAUGAGCUUGAGCUCUGCUACAGUGUUUGUUUACUUUUUUCAUCAGCAUGCCAGUGGAAGACAGUGAAUCCUUUAAUUUUCUUUCAGUAUGUGGCCAUUGAACAAGAUUUUAUCAUGAUUUAGGCUGUUCCUCCGUCCACAACUGUGACGAGUUCAUGCUAAUAAUUGCAUUGACCAAGUACAGACUUGAAUUUUUCAUUAAUGUCACUGUAAUUCAAUAAUUUCAGUAUAUGUUCUGUUUCAGAUGGCAUUGCCUUUGCUAUUCUGACUUUUUUCCUGUAACGAUUCCUGUUCUGGUUCAGUGCUCUGUCAGUUUUCCUGACCUGUAAUCUUCGGGCACAAUCCGUUCUCUUUUUGUCCUUGUAAAUAUGUUCUUUUUUUUUUUUUUUUAAUUUAUGUUCUUUGCAGAAUCAAUCCUUUUGGGUUGGUGAUGUAUAAAUGCACUUCAUACUGUGGAGUGUGUUGAAAUAUUGUGACUUCUUACAAGUCAAAAUUGAAUAAAUAUUCUAUGAACUUUGGUAAAAACAUUUUUUUUUUAAUUUUACUAUUUCAAGGUUUUUAAUGCUGCCUUUCUAGUAAAACUAAUAGCUUAACUCUACAGCUAUGACUAAUGUGUACAGCUAUCUACGACUCAAAUGUUAACUGGGAAGCGCCAACAGUAGCUGAAACUUUGUUCCUGUAAAGCAAAUGUUUUGCAAGAUAUU